GUUUUAUUUAUGGAGGAAUAUGUACAAGGGUUUGUGAGCACAUCAAUAGUAAAAACAGUUUUAGCUCCAUUAGAAAGGUAUAAACUAAUCAGACAGACCUAAGAUAUUCUUACAUUGAGUUCUAAAGAGAAGAUGACUAAUUUUUAUUAAUUUGUUAAGAAAACAAUUUCAAAUGAAGGAGUGAAAGGAUUAUUUAGAUCAAAUUUAACAGCAAUUUACAUGUGGAUACCAUAAGUAUAUGCAUAACAUGUUUUUUAUCAAAAUAUCAAAUAAGCCACUUAUGACAAAGAUGUAUAUAAAUAAAUUGAAUUUAAAGAUAUUGUCAAUGGGACUAUGUGCAACACUUUGUGGGAUUACCACAUCUAUAUUUUCUUAUCCAUUAGAUACAAUAAGAGUUAGAUAAGCAACUGAGAUAUAAAUUCCUGGAUAAAAGAGAAUGUAUAUAGGUUUUGAAGAGACUCGAUUUAAUAUAAAAUUAGAGAAUGGUUUUUUUAAGGGUUUGUAUUCAGGAUUUACAGUUGGAUGUAUAUAAACAUUGUUGUUUGCUUAUGGGAUAGUAGGUUUGAAUUAACUUUUGGAAGGAAUGACACCAUAUAAUUAAUAAUUAGCUUAUUUAGGAUCAUAUGCAUUAAUAUAUCCAAUUGAUAGUGUGAGACGUCGUUUAUAAGUUAAAUCUAUAUUGUUUUAACAGGAAGCAUCAAAAAAAUAAAACUUAUGGGAGAAAUUGAAAUUUAAUAUGAAAGAAUGGAAUUUUAGUUGGGGUUAUGGAGGAUUCUUAGCUCAUAAUAUUAGAGGAAUAGCUAUGCUUAUAAUUUUGGAAUAAGUAAACUUCGAAUCACUUUACAAGUAAACAUAGAAUCAAUUGAAUCAAGUUCUCAAAUAUUGAGUAUUAUAAUUUAAUCUAAC